UCGAUCCUCUCAACAGGAGCGAUCUUCUUCUUGCGUUCGAGCUAACUUUCUAACACGCUUCCAGCGCGUCGAUACACUCCCGCUGGCUUAACUCUUGUUUCACCGCGCUCCUCGCCGUUCGUCACUUUAUCGCGACGUUGAUAAACGGUGCUCCUCUCGCGCGUACGAGGAUCCGGGAAUAGUGCACGCAACGGGGCGAAAGAAACGUUGAGAAAAUAACGAGCCACGCCAGCUAUUCUUCCGGUUUCACUCCGCGCUGCAGAAACGAGCCGACGUGAAACAAUGGUGAACAAUCUCGCGAGUCAACCGAGAGAACUGUGGGCCGUUUACGCUUGGUGGUCGUGCGUUCUCGUUCUAAAGAUGAACGCCCUGACGUGGUUCACAGGCCAAAUUCGUGUGGCUCGACAGGUGAUCCAUAGCGAGGAGGACAGAAUGUGGUUCAACGGUCCCGAUGUAAUUUUAUGCCCGACAGGGGGCGGCCACGAGGACGUUGAUCGCAUCCGAUCCGCGCAUCGCCACGAUCUUGAAACCGUACUGACUUAUCUCCUAAUUACACCGAUAUGGCUGAGCACGUCGCCGUCGUUUCCUCUAGCUAGACUGAUCCUACCCUGUUUUGCAAUAGUCAGCGUGUCGCGCACGCUUCUGCACAUGAAAACUGUCAACCUGCACCGUUCUUGUAAAACGAUACUAUCCGCUCUCGAAUAUUCCAUUCUGAUUUACAUGUCCGUCGAAGCUGCACUCCAUUAUGCGUUUUAAAUCGAACGUUUCCAACCGCUUUGUACACACGAUCAUACGUCCAUUGUAUAAUAAAACACUUCAUGCUUCAAUAAAUUAAAUAUACCAAUACAAUAAUGUGGGUUUGUGAUGAACUGGGUUGGCAAGAAAGUAAUUACAAUAUUUGUGAAAUCUGUCAGAAUGAACGAUUAAAUUUUCAUUCCUAAUUACUAUGUCAAUGAUCGAUUAAAAUUUAAGAAGGUUUAAUCGCUAAUGCGGUGAUAAAAAAAUCUGUACAUUAUCUCUUUAUUGUUCAUUAACUGUUAGAUCAGUAUCUAUUUUUUUUAAUCGAUAAGUCGAAUAGAUAACGGCAACAGAAAAAAGACUAUACACUGUGUUUUCCUCGAGCAUCCUUCUGCUUCUUAAUUCUUAAUUAAUGAAUGAAAGAAACCGCGAAAUGAAUUAAUUACACUGUCUCAUACAGCCAUUAUGCAUGCACAUAGCACAAUAUAAUACAAUAUAAACCGCGAUAAACUGAAUCUCUAGUGCAUCUAAAAAUGGACGUCAUCGUAUCUUCAUUAUCAUUCAAUAUAAUAGAUAA